GGCUCACACGUUGCGAUGACAGCGGUCAGUGUGGAGGAUAUCCGUGCGGGGCUCGCCGUGUUCGAUGAUCUCUGUGAAGAUGACCAGGUCCUGGACAGAAUGCUGGAACAGUGUAUUUGCCAUCAGAUGGAUUGUGAUGAUCUUAUUAAUGAGUGGGUGGCCUUCAGCACCACCAAGGGAGGACUGAAGCUCACCCUGGACAUCUUGGAGCAAUUUGAACAUGAGGUGCUUAACAGAAGAAAACACUCCAAACAGAGCUUUUUAAAGAAGGAGGAGUUGCAGAACAGAAUGAGAGAUGUGAAUUCUCUUCAGGACCUAAUCAAAGCUGAGGAAGAGGAGGAAAUCCUUUUGGACUCAUAUUCCACCCCAGCUAAGGGUUCUCAGAAGCGGGCCCUCACAACACCAGAACAUCCACAGUCCAAAAGGAGUACGUCAUCAAUGCUCAGUCCCCGUCUGCUCCUCUCUCCUGCCAGUUUCUCUGCUGGUUUGACCCCCUCUCAGAAGUACAGCUCACGUGGUGCUCGUGGGGAGGUGGUGUCUACAUUUGGGACAGUCCAGGGCACCCGCUGGGUGGGCAAAAAAGGCAAAAAUGCGAUUAGGGUGGAGUUGCUGGAAGGGCAGGACCAGUCACUUGGGAGCAGUUAUAAGUUCAUGUUUCAGAGGCUUCGCGACAUCCGCAAUGUUCUGAUAGAAAAGAUUGAAGAACUUGGAGAGGAACUGAGGUCUCACUUCAAGAUUGAGGAGUUCUCACCUGUCACUCUGCCUGCCCAGGACCCCAUUACUGUCCUCGGUCAAGUUUGCUGCGACAGCAAUGGGAAGCUCAAUGCCCAGUCUGUGCUCCUAGAGGCAGGUCAGGACCAGGGGGGAAAGCGGGUUCCCCUGGACCUCUCAGAGCUAAAGGAGUACUCGCUCUUCCCAGGACAGGUUGUCAUUAUGGAGGGGAUGAACACGACAGGAAAUAGACUGGUGCCUUCUAAGCUGUAUGAGGGAGUGCCUUUACCGUUUUACUCUGCAGAUGACCAGGACACAGCAGAAGACCCUGAACCUGUAAUGGUGAUGGUUGCAUGUGGUCCGUACACGCCCUCCGACAGCCUGAACUACGACCCCCUGCUAGACCUUAUUGGUGUCAUUACUCGGGACCAUCCGGAUGUCUGCAUACUGCUUGGCCCUUUUGUUGAUUCAAAGCAUGAACAAAUUGAGAAGUGCCAGCUGACUGAGUCAUAUGAAGCAUUGUUCUUAAGAUGUGUGGAUAGUAUCAUACAAGGAACUAGAGGGGUGGGAUGCCACUUGGUAUUCGUUCCUUCUCAGAGAGAUGUCCACCAUCACUUUGUUUACCCUCAGCCACCAUUCAUAAUGCCUGGACUCAGCAAGGAGGAUAAGGAGCGUGUGUCUCUGGUGUCUGAUCCCUCAACGCUGCUCAUUGGUGGUGUGACAUUUGGCUUGACCUCAACAGACAUCUUUUUCCACAUGGGAGCGGAGGAGAUCAGCAGUUUAACAAGCUCUGACCGGUUCACACGCAUUGUGAAGCACAUGCUGACCCAAAGAAGUUAUUACCCUCUUUACCCCCCGGCAGAAGAGAUCAACCUGGACUAUGAGAGGUUUCAGAUCCAUGGACAGAUGCUAGUGACCCCAGAUGUGCUCAUAGUGCCAUCUGAGCUGCGCUAUUUCAUCAAGGAUGUGAUUGGAUGUGUGUGUAUCAACCCUGGCCGGCUGACUAAGGGGCAGGUGGGUGGGACUUAUGGAAGAUUGCUCAUCCAGAGGAGCCCUCCAUCUGCUGAUGGGAAGAGACAGAGUCCCUGUAUAGCCAGUCAGGUAGUGAAGAUCUGAUCCAUGUGCUCACUCACUCAUUUAAAAAAAAAAAAAAAAAAAAAAAAGAAAACCUUAUUUCCUUCAUAAAGUUAACUUUCCUUUGAUAUUCUUGUGUGUUUUUUACUCUGUAGCCCAAGUGAAGCAUUUUUGCUGAUAACUAGUACAGUGUCUGUGUAACUGGCCUUGGACCAAUGCCAUUUGUCCUAAAUCUCACUGGCACCUAAUCUUCCAAAGCAACUAAUUCUGAAAUAUGUGCUGUAUGCUGUAUUCAAAUGAAACCCGGCAAAGUGCAACUGUACUGGUACAACACGAACGUCAGUUUACACAAGGCAGUCUUGUGUCUUGUCAUGUGACUGGUACAGUUCCAUGUAAUAACUGAUAAUUGAACAUGUUCAGAAAAGACUGAGCAUUUCUGUAUGUGAGGAAAUGGUUAAGAUGCACGCCAUAUUAAAAUGAGAAUGAGUGGUGUGUGAAACUGUUAUCAGCUACUGGUCUUGAAUGUUUUCUAAUAAAUUAUUUUCCUACUUUUGUGCUUUUCUUUCUCUUUUUAAUUGAUUUUAUUGUUACUGAAAAUAUUAAUGUUACUGGAAAUAAAGGAGUAAUUUGUCUUU